AUGACCACAUCAGAUCUUGUAUUAGACCCGCAAUUGAAGUACUGGGUGUUGUUGCCCAUCUCAAUUGCCAUGGUGUUGGUUGGAUUGAUUAGAAAUAACAUCACUACUUUGUUGCAACCAUCUCCAAAACUCCAACCCUACAAACAAGAACGGGAGCGCCACUUCCUUGAUAGAGCCAAAUCAUUCACAGCUCAUAACCACAUCCUCACGCCGGAGGAAUUCGCCACAAGGAAACAAUAUCUCCUCGCCAAACUCACAUCCAACGACUUUCUCGCUGUAUCCCCAGAAGAAGCCACCACAAAGCAACAAGACCCACUAGCCCAACUCACGGACCCCAAGAACAACGAAAUGAUGAUGAAUAUGGCAUUAUCCAGUAUUCUCAACUACAUUCCCCAGACAGUCAUCAUGACCUGGGUGAACACCUUCUUCUCUGGUUUCAUUAUCAUGAAAUUGCCAUUCCCAUUGACAGAUGGAUUCAAGUCAAUGUUGCAGAAUGGGAUAGCCACGCCGGAUUUGAAUGUCAGUUACGUGCUGGCCAUAUCUUGGUACUUUGUCAAUUUACUCGGGUUGAGACCGGUAUAUUCGUUAUUGGCUUGUCAAGAGGAGGCGGAUUCUAUUCAACAGCAACAACAACAGCAACAGCCUAUGAAUAUCGCUGGCCCUGGUGCGCCAAAGAUGGAUAAGGUGUUUAAGGCCGAGGCCGAGAAUAUUCAGAUAUUGACCCAUGAGUCGAUUUACACUGGCGUUUUGCAAAGAGUGUUGGAGAGGAACGGAUUAUAA